AUGUGGAAGAUUAUUUUUAACAAUCCUUUUGGCUGCAGAAUGAGACUUCUCGUGGUGGAAUUAAUCUUAAUUUGGGCAUAUUCAGCUCAAGGAGGAAUACCAGCUGUGCCAUGGAAGGUGCAGUGUCCGUCACAGUGUGUGUGCCAGAUACGUCCUUGGUACACUCCAAGAUCAGCCUACAGGGAGGCCAAUACUGUAGACUGUAAUGAUCUUUUUGUUUCAUCUGUUCCAAGUUCCCUGCCAGCUGGAACACAUACACUUCUUCUGCAGAGCAACAAUAUUGCACACUUGGAGCUGCAAGAGUUGGGUUAUCUGGAAAACCUGACGGAGCUAGACUUGUCUCAAAACAGCUUCUCCCACAUCAGAGACUUUAAAGCCAGAGACCUACCAAAUCUUGUAAGCCUUCACCUCGAAGAAAAUCAGCUGGAAAGUCUACCUGACAAUAGUUUUUUUGGACUUGAGAGUCUGGAAGAAUUGUACCUGAACCAUAACCAGUUGUCUGUGAUACAUCCUCAAGCUUUUUUAGGACUGCGACGUCUAUUGCGCCUGCAUUUAAACUCCAAUUUAUUGACAAGUUUAGACAGUCAGUGGUUUAAAGAAUUGCCAGCUCUAGAGGUAUUGAUGGUUGGUGGCAAUAUGGUGAGCUCUAUUCUGGAUAUGAAUUUUAAGCCACUGUCCAACUUAAGAAGCCUUGUUUUGGCAGGCAUGGGUCUUAAGGACAUAUCUGACUUUGCCCUAGAAGGUUUGCAAAAGUUAGAAAGUCUCUCUUUCUAUGACAACAAACUUAUAGGUGUGCCCAAGGAAGCCCUGCAAAGGGUGCCCAAUUUGAAGUUUCUGGAUCUCAAUAAGAACCCAUUGAGCAGAAUUAAACAAAAAGAUUUUGAAAAUAUGGCUCAGCUAAAAGAACUGGGUUUAAACAGCAUGGAAGAAUUAGUAUCUAUUGAUGAAAUGGCUCUAGUAAAUCUGCCAGAACUGACCAAACUGGAAGUCACCAACAAUCCUAAACUGUCUUUUAUUCAUCCUCGAGCCUUCCAGAAACUUCCCCGCAUGGAAACAUUAAUGCUUAAUAAUAAUGCUCUGAGUUCUUUGCACAGAGAGACUGUUGAAUCAUUACCAAACUUGCAGGAGAUUGCUAUGCAUGGCAAUCCACUGAGAUGUGAUUGCGUUAUUCGUUGGGUGAAUGCAACAGCACCCCAUGUUCGUUUUAUGGAGCCUCAAUCAACAUUAUGUGCUGAACCCCCAGAGUUAAGGCGCACACAAUUACGAUUAGUCCCUUUUCGUGAGAUGAGUGACCAUUGUCUGCCCCUAAUUCCUGUACCAAGUUUUUCCCCACGCGUACGUGCAUCUAGUGGUCAGAGCAUCACAUUACAUUGCCGAGCCCUUGCUGAACCAGAACCACAAAUAUACUGGGUCACACCCUCUGGGGAAAGGCUUACAGUGUCUGCAGACUGGGGUGGCUACAAAGUACAAGAAGAGGGAACACUUGAAAUACAGGUAGUGUCAUCAGCGCAUGCAGGUGUAUAUACAUGCGUAGCUCAAAAUUUGGUGGGAACAGAUUACAAGAGCGUAUAUCUUAUGGUCAACCAGAUAUCCCCAACUAGAGAUGACCCAGUGCAGCUGCAAGUGGGAGAAGUGGGUGAGCGUCAUUUAUUACUCUCCUGGAUUCCACCUCUCAAUGCACUCGGAUGUAGCCUUCGCUGGAGUUGCUUAACACCUGGUGCCAGCGUGGAGCGGGCAAGACUCCCUGUAGGUUUAAACUCAUACAAUGUCACAAGACUACUUCCAGGAGAGGAAUGCAGAGUGUGUCUUCGAGUUUCCAUUCUUGGAGGCAGAGUGAGAACAGCUUGUGCUAGUGCUAGAACGAGGGACACUGGCACAGGUUAUAAGCACAGAGGGCAAAAAGCUCUCACUGCACUAGCCUUCUGCUUACUUCUGGCUGUGAUUGGAUUACUUGCACGCUAUCGUCCUGGUAGUAGGACAGAUCCUACAUCAACAUGGUCUCUCACUGGAAGAGUUAUUUACCCACCCAUCAUACAUCAGUGGGACAAAGACAAAAAAGAAGAAUGUAUCUCAGGCAUCAAUGUGCCAGCAACCCCUCUGUGGUAA